AAAGCUGGACGGUGUGGGUCGCGCUGACCGGUGGAGUUUGACUGGCGGACUGAACGGCUGGGACUGAGCAGCUGCAGGACUGAGCGACUGCAGGACUGAGCGGCUGCAGAACUGAGUGGCUGGGACUGGGACUGACGUGUGUUAUCGUGCCCAAAGGACAUGAAGCUGAGAACAACGUUGGUGCUGCUGCUAGUGGUGCUGCUCGGUCUGCUGCUUCUGGAGGCCGACGGGGCCCGGUCCGGCAGGCCCGGACGUCCGGGGAAACCUGGCCGACCCGGAGUGCGGGCCGGAGCGCCCAGAGGCCGGCCCGGAGUCCGGGGUCGCGUCAGAGGGCACGCCAGGGGCAAGGUUCGCGGCAAAAGGCCGACCAAGGGCCGCAAGCCAGUCGUGCACAAGGAGGUGCCGGAGCGGACUCCCGUCUACCUGGAGUUAGCCGGAGAGGAGCGGCCGAUUCCCGUGUUUCCGCUGGCUCCCGGCUCCGGCCACGAGCCCUUCACAGUGCGCGUGGCGGCUCCGCUGUCUGAGCCAGAGUCGGCGGCCUCCCCGGCCUCCUUCCAGCCGCCGCAGACAGUGCAGUCGUUCGUCGCGGCCGAUGCCGACGGAACGACAGGGGCGACGCGGCCGAUCUCGCAGUUUGACCUGUUCGGCGACGACUUCUUCGAUACGAGCGCCGCCGGGCUCGGCCGGGCACCGCCGCAGUUUCCCACCUUUGAGACGGUGUUCGAAGGGGCGCCGUCGCGACGCAGGGGGGCCAGGAAGCUGUCUCCGCCGGCGGAGGACGCAGUGCUGGGAUCCGGUGUCCCCGUGCGGGACACUGAUAGUCAGUCCCUCGACGCAGACGGCGGCAUCGAGUACGAGUACGGUUAUCUGGUGGACGGACGACGUGAGUCGGGGGCCGCCUUCGGUCUGCAGCAGGCGGCGGCUGACGGCAUCACACGCGGCCGGUACGAGGUGCAGCUGCCCGACGGUCGCACCCAGGUGGUGACCUACACCGCGGGAGGUCAGGAUGGUUACCAGGCGGAGGUCAACUACAUCGGAGAGGCGGUCGAGCAGCCGGCGGGCAGUCUGUGAGGCUGAGGGGAGGGAGGGGCGAAGAAGAUGGGCGUCUGUGU